AUGCACGGAAAUCAUGUAGGCAUGCAUCAUGGAAUGGGGAUGGGAAUGCAUGAUGGACAUAUGAUGAAAAUGUGGUUCCAUGGCGGAUGUGAUGAAGUGAUACUAUUUGAUUUCUGGCGAAUAGGUUCCAUAUCGGAUGAUCGUCUCACAACUGCAUGCUCACUGGACGAUGUUGAACUUAUUUGUAAUCAACUUUUUCUCAACUCACUGGCACAUCGUUUUGCAGCUAUCGCUGUGAUCCUUGGUGCAGGAUUUGGACAUUGGCUCUUCGCCGUUCUGAAAUUUCGAGAUCUCGCCGGUGAAACGGCUGAUUCAUUUGCAACUGAUGCCUGUCAUUGA